AUGAUCUGCGCCGCGAAGCACGCGGCGGCCUCGGGCUUAGCCGCUUCGUCGGACCUGGUGCGGUCGCGGUGGCAGCCGUCACGGCGAGGGCCGGUAUCCGCCACGCUUCCUGGUGUCAACUCCCACAGGCCUCUGCGUAUCUCCUCUGUCGACGGGCUCGGCUUCCGUCUAGGCGGCGCCGCCCUCGAUUUGCCCUCCGCUGCCGCGAGGCGGCGGAGGGACGAUGUGUUUGUGGGGGCUUACGAGGCAGACCGGUCGGAGGGGUUCGGCGGGGAGGGGCAGUCACAGGAGGCGGCCGCUAGUGCGGAGGCGGCGAAGAAGGUGAAGAUCGGGAUCUACUUCGCGACUUGGUGGGCGCUGAAUGUGGUAUUCAACAUCUACAACAAGAAGGUCCUCAACGCGUAUCCCUUCCCAUGGCUGACCUCUACUCUCUCCUUGGCGACCGGCUCCCUAAUGAUGCUCGUCUCCUGGGCCACGCGGAUCGCAGAGGCCCCCAAGGUCGACCUCGACUUCUGGAAGGCUCUAUUCCCGGUGAGUUGCUUGGAUGGCUCGAUUGUGGGUUAUUUCGAGCGUUUCCCCACCCGCUCUUGCCUCUGAACGCCUUCUGGGAAUUCCUUGCUGUUCAGGUAGCAGUGGCGCACACGAUCGGGCACGUAGCGGCGACAGUGAGCAUGUCGAAGGUGGCCGUGUCAUUCACGCACAUCAUCAAGAGCGGGGAGCCCGCUUUCAGCGUGCUGGUCUCGAGGUUCCUGUUGGGGGAGACUUUCCCGCCGUCUGUGUACCUCUCCCUCGUCCCGAUCAUUGGGGGUUGUGGUCUAGCGGCACUCACAGAGCUCAACUUCAACAUGACGGGUGAGAAAAUGAGUUUUGAGCCCAGUCGAUUUCCAGUUUCUCGACAUUCAUGUUGAAUUCUCCGGCUCAUACGCUCUCCAUCAUCUGUGUUUUCUCUGAUUACAGGUUUUAUGGGGGCAAUGAUCUCAAACCUUGCAUUCGUAUUCCGGAACAUAUUUUCAAAGAGAGGGAUGAAAGGGAAGUCGGUCAGCGGGAUGAACUACUAUGCCUGCUUGUCGAUGUUGUCCCUCGUGAUUCUGACACCAUUCGCAGUGGCCGUUGAAGGGCCGCAAUUGUGGGCCGCUGGUUGGCGUAAAGCCCUUGCUGACAUCGGUCCCCAUUUUGUCUGGUAAGUAGUAACCCCAUUUCAUCAAAAGAGCCCAAAAGAACCCCAUUUCUCACAUGUUUUUCCCGGGAUGCCAUUGACGAUUAACUCGAUGGAAAAGUUGCUACUAUGCUCCUCUUUGAUCCCCCGUUGUUAGAAAAGAGGAAAUAUGUGUUCAGGAUUGUGAUGGGGAAACUUACUUGGGCUUGAAAGAUGAAAAAUAUAGUCUUUGUGAGGCUAAUUUAAAUUAACUACAUGAUGGAAAACUGGCCAUUUGCUUCCCAUUUCUACUCCUCGCUCUCUUCUAUACCAUUGAUGAACUAAAACUGUGCCUAGUUCCUGGAAAAUUGAUUAGAAGCCAGUACCCACUGGAUUUCCCCUAAAAUCUCGGUUCUGGAGAGCCACACCACGUUUCGUCAAAGGACAAACUAUAAACCCACAUAUCGAACGCAUCAGAUAUGUGGGUUUUGUAUACUUAUCAAACGCAUCAGAUUCUUUUUGGGUCAACACAUAUCGAACCAAAUUAGACGUCAAUCUCUUUGCUUUUUCCCUCAUGGGCGUUUUAAUUCUUCUUGUUUUUCUGGAGAUUCCUUGCUCUUUCUCCUUGCGCGUAUAUUUUUUAACCCUAUUUCAGUUUGACGUGUCUAUUAAUCCAUCACUUCUUUUUACGUUUUCUUAUUAUAUCUCUGGUCUUUGACUGACGAGAGAAUGUGACAUGGGACAUGGAUUUGUCUGUUCAGGUGGGUAGCAGCCCAGAGCGUGUUCUACCACUUGUACAACCAAGUCUCCUACAUGUCCUUGGAUGAGAUCUCUCCAUUAACGUUCAGCAUCGGUAACACUAUGAAGCGGAUAUCUGUCAUUGUCUCUUCCAUCAUCAUCUUCCAUACACCUGUUCAGCCAAUCAAUGCUCUUGGUGCCGCCAUUGCAAUCCUUGGGACGUUCCUCUACUCACAGGUGAUCUCAUCUUAUCCUUCUCUCUGUCUCAGUAUACCAAUCCAAGUACUCAGGGUUCAAUAAGUGUUGCUGGAGUCUAAGAUAUCUUUACUUGUAUAUGUUAUUUAUUAUUUUAUUUUUUAUUCUAUAGAUACAUCUAAAUUGCACUUACAGGGGAGCAUCUUAUUUGGAAUCUAGGCAACAUCCUGUGAUCAAUUCAUUAAUCAAUCAGUUCAUUACAAAGACAGAAAAAAAAAAGCCUCUCAAGAAACCAUAAAUAGGUUGCCCCAAAUGGUUUAGUCGCGAUGGCUAGUUAUUCUCACCCUGUUUGAAAGUUUUAAGCCAAGGAUUCUGAGAUUAUUCGAUGCUUAUAACAGUGAAAAAACCAGUAAGCCGUGAAAGAGUUUUGUUCUAUAUCAAUCUGAACCGUUGAAUUACAAAUUUUUAGAAAGGUUUGACCUCGAAUUACACACGUAAGCCCUGCGUCCACUCCCUCAAGAAACAACCAUUUCCAUGGUCACAGAUCUUGAAAAAAAAAAUCUGUAUUGGGGCGAUUAUUGAUCAGGUUCCAAUGAUGCCCAUCUGACGAAAGGGGUCAAACAUACUACUAUGCAAGCAUAAUUUUGAUGAGAUUAUCAUCUCAAAUUCAGUCACAGACGAAGAACAGCUGUUCAUCUGCCACCUAGUGUUAUAAUGCUUACUUGAUUGAUACGUACUAUCAGAACUCUAUAUAUGUUCCAUGAUUGGAGAUGAAAGCCAUGUUGGAUGUUUGCUUACUGUGGGUGCUUCGCAUUUUCUUGAAAAUAUAGUUAGUAAUAUCAUUGGGGUUGUAAUUUUUAAAGGAAAAUAAUGCUAAGAAUCCAUAAUAUUAUCAUGCGUGGAUUCCUCUCCACACAGUCCCCAAUUUCUUCAGCACCGUCUUUAGGGUUUUGUUUUUUAUUAUUGAAUGUUGGAAAGGAAUCACAUAGAAUCGGUAUUUGAUUCUGAUAUUGUAGCCGUUUUUUGUUGUUCUUCAGAAAAGGUCCUGAUCGUCUUCAAUGUAGAAUGAAUGGUACCGCUUCACAAAAUAUGGAGAUUUAUUGAUUUAUUUAUUUAUUUGGCACGAAUGGUGAAGAUUUUUGGAUUCCAAGAACCAACCAUUUAAUUUUAUCUCCGGGUUUUUCCUCCCUUGUUGCCAUUGCAGGCUAAGCAGUGA